AUGGGGCUUACAGACAAUUCAGGGUUACGACGUCGAACUGCUGGAACGCCCUUAGCAGUCCAAAAUCCCUUCUCCCCGGGUUCUGUCCCAAACAGAGACCUUUCUAGUGGUAGAAAAAAUAAGGAAUCUUCUAUAGAAUGGAGCCAUUUUAGAGGUACCCUUUGUCUCAAGUGUGGGAUUCUACAGCAAACUCUUUCUUGUGGUGAAGAAGGGCGGAGCGUGACAACACCCAGUAAUCAAUCUAGCAAACUUCAACAAGUUAGUGAUAUACCCCCACUUCAAGAUGGAAGACUUGAAAACAGUUUCCGACCUACUGAGACCAUGGAAUUUCAAGUGUAAGCGCGAACUGAAGGAUGCAUAUUUCACAAUCCCAUUACAUGCCAAGUCUCAGAAAUUCACCCCCUUCCAAUUCAGAGAAAGAACGUGUCAAUUCAAUUGUCUCCCAUUUGGGUUGACAUCAGCCCCUUGCACUUUUACCAAAGUGCUCAAACCAGUUACACUGGCAUGCUAAGGAAAAUGGUUGUCCGGAUAAUAGUUAACCUAGACGACAUGCUCAUUAUGAACAGCACUUACAGGGCUGUCACAGGAAUAGGACGGGAAUCAAACAGUUACGAUUUCUUUUGGUUAUAUUUUUCCUCUUUUUUCCCAUUAAAGUAGCCGGAGAUCAUGUUUAUAGUAGCCGGGGGAAAUCCUCGGCCCCCGGCCCUUAAUGACAGCCCUGACUUUAAAGGGAGCCAGAUUCUAAAGCACAUCCUAGAGAGUCUAGGAUUUGUGAUAAAUUCUUUUUUUUUUUCCUUUGCAGGUCAUAGAUUUUGUGGGAAUCAUCGUUGACUCCACGAACAUGACAUUUCUCUUCCCCGAGGAUAAAGGUGUUACAAUUCAGAAGGAAUGUUGCCUUCUGGUG